AUGUCUAACAUAAUAGCGUAUACAAUAUUUUAUAUUUUAUUUGUUGCGGGAAUUGUUUAUCCUCCUCAAGAAUUUGUAUCAGCAGGAUUCACUAUUUCAGAAGUAUUUUCAUCGUGGUUGGGUAAUGAAUCUAGAACAUUUGUGCAAUAUCACAUUAAAAGAAGUAUAAUUACUUUUCUUGUACAUUCGUUGCUUCCUUUUGUUUAUAUCAUCGGAUUAACACUGCUGGGUUACAUUGAUGCUGUGAAAUUAUUAAUUGGUACAGAGCAUUCAUUAUGGUUGACUUUAUCUCUUUGUGCAUUAGUAGGACCACUUUAUACUCUGGCGAGAAUUAUUAACUGGUCAAGAAACAAUUGGUCGCAGCAUCCAAUAGCGAAAAAAUUAGCUAUUUAUUGUGAUAAUGAUAAUAAAUCAUGGAUUGAUAUAGCUUCUAAUGUUAAUAUAGAAUUUCAAAGUUUGACAAAGUUACAAAUAGCUACAAAUACAGUGACAAAAGUUGUUGUAACGGAUAAUUGGAUCAUACAAGUUUCAUCCUACAAUUUGAAUAUAGCCAAUCAAGCUAAUACUAAGCUAGUAUGCUUUAAAGUUAAUACGUACACUAAUCCAUCAUCUACAAUUGAAGAUAUUGGAUCAACUUAUGUUAAAUAUCGCGUUUGUACAACGCAACCAGGAGGAAAAAAUUUUACCAUAAGAUUAAAUUAUAACGAUGUUGAAAACUUUACGGGAAAAGUUACAAUGGAGAUUGUUACAAUGCCCAAAUGUGAAUUUCCUAAAAGAUUGAGAGAGUUAUGCAUUGAUUGGAUUAAAGAAGAAAUUACUAAAAAUCCUAUUUAUUUUACUAAUGAAGAAUUGGAAAAAUGUGCUGUUUGUAUUAAUGCAACAUCAGAUAUUAAAUUAGUAAAACUGCAAAUAAAAAGCAGUUGUCCUCACUGUCGUUCCACUUUUUGUCUUACCGAUGUAAGCUACGUCGCUUUUGAUCCAUACUACAGUACCAGUGGCAAUUCUUCAACAGAUAACAAAAGUUGA